UUGCGGGGCUGCUUUGGACAUGUCGCCGUGAACACUUUCGGAGGCGCUGCCCGGGGCUGCACUCGGUCCGAGCCGCGGCCGCCCCGCGGCAGAGAUGCUGAGCGGCGGCGUGGGAAAGCGGCCACGAGCAUGAAGGCGGCAGGAUGGGCGCCAACAAUGGCAAGCAGUACGGCAGCGAGGGCAAGGGCAGCUCAAGCAUCUCAUCCGACGUGAGUUCAAGUACGGAUCACACACCCACCAAAGCCCAGAAGAAUGCAGCUACCAGUGAAGAUUCUGACCUGAGCAUGCGAACGCUCAGCACACCCAGUCCAGCAUUAAUAUUUCCACCGAAUUCCCCUGGCUUCCAAAAUGGCAGAGGUUCGUCGACGUCCUCGUCCUCAGUCACUGGGGAAACCGUUGCCAUGGUCCACUCGCCGCCUCCCACCCGUCUCACCCAUCCUCUCAUCCGGCUGGCAUCCAAGCACCAGAAGGAGCAGGCCAACAUAGACCGGCUGCCCGACCACGCCAUGAUCCAGAUCUUCUCCUUCCUGCCCACCAACCAGCUGUGCCGCUGCGCCCGCGUGUGCCGCCGCUGGUACAACCUGGCCUGGGACCCGCGGCUCUGGAGGACAAUUCGCCUCACCGGCGAGACAAUCAACGUGGACAGGGCUCUCAAAGUGCUGACGCGGAGGCUUUGUCAGGAUACCCCCAACGUCUGUCUCAUGUUGGAGACGGUAAUUGUUAGUGGCUGCAGGCGGCUCACAGACAGAGGACUCUACACCAUUGCCCAGUGCUGCCCUGAACUGCGGAGGCUGGAGGUGUCUGGCUGCUACAACAUCUCCAAUGAGGCGGUCUUCGAUGUCGUGUCACUGUGCCCAAACCUGGAACACCUGGAUGUGUCAGGCUGCUCCAAAGUAACGUGCAUCAGUCUGACCCGCGAGGCCUCCAUCAAGCUGUCUCCCUUGCACGGGAAGCAAAUCUCCAUCCGCUACUUGGACAUGACAGACUGCUUCGUCCUGGAGGACGAAGGACUGCACACCAUUGCCGCCCACUGCACUCAGCUGACACACCUGUACCUGCGCCGCUGCGUGCGCAUCACCGACGAGGGCCUGCGCUACCUGAUGAUUUACUGCACAUCCAUCAAGGAACUGAGCGUGAGCGACUGCCGCUUCGUCAGCGACUUCGGCAUGCGCGAGAUCGCCAAGCUGGAGUCGCGCCUGCGCUACCUGAGCAUCGCUCACUGCGGCCGCAUCACGGACGUGGGCAUCCGAUACAUCGCCAAGUACUGCAGCAAGCUGCGCUACCUCAACGCGCGGGGCUGCGAGGGCAUCACGGACCACGGCGUGGAGUACCUCGCCAAAAAUUGCACAAAACUCAAAUCGCUAGACAUCGGCAAGUGCCCUCUGGUCUCAGACACCGGCCUGGAGUUUCUAGCCCUCAACUGCUUCAACCUGAAGCGCCUGAGCCUGAAAUCCUGCGAGAGCAUCACCGGGCAGGGUCUGCAGAUUGUAGCUGCCAACUGUUUUGACCUGCAGAUGUUGAACGUGCAGGACUGCGAAGUCUCUGUGGAUGCUCUGCGAUUCGUUAAACGACAUUGCAAGCGCUGUAUUAUAGAGCACACCAACCCCGCUUUCUUCUGAAGGGACACCCCACACCUGUCAUUGCAAUGCAGUAUUAAAAACACUGAUGUAUAAUAACACAUGCUCCCAUAAUCAGUAAUGCUGUCUUUUCUGUCGCUCACGGGAGUCAGGUUUUUUCCUACCUUAUGGGUGAGGGGUUUUCUAGAAGACUGUUUUGUUUGCUUUUUAUAUGAUCACUUUUUAAGGUGCCGUGGGCCUCUGUGGAGAGGUUGCCUUAAUGCAAAAGCAGUGAGUGCUCAGCAUCCCCGGUGGGGUGUCAUUUCCAUAAGAGCCAUGACCUUGUCCCAGGCUACAGUAGCUGCCUCCAAAGGAAAUAGCACAUAAUCUCUCCUUCGGACAUGCUACUAAGCUGUGUCAAAUACAUCUGAUUUCUAGCUGUGCUCAUGAAGCUGACUAUGCAAUAUUGUGUCUGUGUUCCACAACCUUUUUCCAAUAUGGCUGAUAGUCAUCCAUUGUAAUCCCUCAGUAAAUACUGGGUAGUGUCCUUAAACAUACUCAUUUGAAGCAGAGUAAGACCUGCUGGCCAUUGCUGAGCACUUCUGUGGAGUGAAUCUGGAGAUUGUGCCCAUGCAUGGGUUCUCUUGGGAAGCCCACCUCCAGGUCACUCGUGCAUCAUCACUACUUGCCUUCAUUUCUAAAUUUGUCCUCUCCAGCUUGUGUAGUACCAUCCUCUGGUAGCAGAUAGGGACUUCUGGCUCUGAUAAGCAGUGAUGUAUUCACAUGAGUGUAGGAGAACAAAUGAGGUAUUGGUGGCCUGGCAAAAGGAAAAGCCAGCAAACCAGCCUGAGAAGCUGCUGUAAUUCUGCAACAAGCUGAGAUAGCACUGUAGGACUGCAGAGAGGCUCUGAGGCAUUGUGGAGCAGCUUGCUUGGGCCAGUCCCAAUUGCUGUGCUGCAUGGCUGUCACCAGGAAGUCUGGCUUUGUCCCUUUGCUGUACUUUUUCAACAGUGUACCUUCGGCACCACCACUGGGUGUUCCCUGAGCAAACCAGGGACUUGCGUUUAGGUCAAGUUAGUAUGUGCCUUAAUACACUUGGAAACCUGAGCCUUUUCUGUGGCCUUCCAGUUCAAAGGAUAGAUGGCUGAUCUCAAGACUUCAAAGACAUUAGCCUGAUGUUAGAUAACACCCCUGGGGACAGAGGGGCUUGAAGUGUUAUUCACAUUAGAUUUAGAUUCUUUGAGACUUUGGCUCUGUGUGUUUCCUUAGGCUGGAGAAACAGCUGCGUUCAACAAAGAAUUAAACAGCAGAGUUGCCCUGUGACGCUGGGAGCUCCUGGUACUCUCAUGGUCACUCUUGCUCUUGCAUGAGCAGGAGUGUUUUGGAAGUCCCCCAUCUCAUUGGCUCCUUCCCCAGAGCGUGUGGUUGAUUCAGGGUUACUUUCUUUGCAAUUUUCUGGCAGCUGUUCCUCUGCAUUUUCACAUGUAAUGCUCAGAUCUGAAAGCCAGACAAGUGAAGGGUGAUGAUAUUUUCAGGCAGGCCCCCCGUGCCUGACUGACAGGUGAAUUCAUAUGUUCAGCUCAAACACUCUAAGUGUCUCAUGAGAAGGGAAGCGCUGUGUCUGGUUUUCAUAAGCAGUAGUUCCAUCAUCUCCAGACAACACUAAUAAAAUCAGUGCUAUGAAGUGAAAAUCAAUAUGCCCAAGAAAAACACAUAACUGCUGAGGAAAUAAUUAUAACAAUGCUCUCUCAAAUUAAAAAAAAAAAAAAGGCAAUGGUUUGGACAUGUCCCCGGAGAGGGAACUUGUCCUACUGCUGCAAAAAUUCCUGUAAUUUAUGUGUGUUCCUCCAAUUUUGGAAAUUUUUUAAUAUACAGGAUGGCAUCAGCUCUGAAUUAAAAACUAAGUUAUACGAAGGCAAAGAGGGCCAUGGAAAAUGAAUUUGUCAUUGCUACUGUUACUGGUCAGUGACUAAUAUGAGGUGAUCCCAUCCCUUGGACAGUUAAUUUCAUUUUGGUUUUCCUUUCCAUAUUUCUAAAAUAAGAGGUUCUUCUCCAGCAAGUAAUACAGUAUAUUUUAUCUGAGCCAGCUAUACUCUCUGUUUAUCCUUUAUCUAAAAAUGGCCUCAAGGAAUUUAAAUGUUGAGCCCUGAGGAUGGUGGAAUUUUGAGCCAUUUGCACUCAUGAAAUAUAAGGCCUCACUAGUAACAUUUAAUUGUUUAUUAAAAAAAAAAAGCUACUUUUCUGGCUAUGUUGAAUUGAGUGAAUAGUGCUACAUGGUUUUUAAAGUUUCUAAUGUUUAAAUUUGGCCUGUACUGUACAAAUCUCACUAUAAAGCCUUAAUUUGCUACCAAGAAAUAAAGCAAUAUAUUGGUAACUGAUGAGCAUGCAGCAUCAUUUGCACUAAAUGAUUAACUGCUAGUGGAAAAGAAAAGAUUAAAUACUUAUAAAAUUCAAAAAGUAGGUGAGUGAUUGAGCAUAUCAACCCAUCAGGUAGGUAAAUGACUAUUAAAAGAGGAAAAAAAAUUAUUACGGAUUAUGACCUCGCCUAUCUCUGUCUUUAAAAUUUGAUUUUCCUCAUGUGGUUCUUCUUGACCCUGAAACAUAAUCAGAAACUUGAAGUAUAAGUAAAAGGAAAAAACAACAAUAUUAAAAUUGUAUAAAAAUUUCAGAAGGGCCUCUGCAUUGGUUUAAAGACAUGUUAACAUAUUUGAUGAGAAAAGUAAGAUGGAAUGGCUGAAAGGGUAGAGCACUUACUGGAGCAGUGUUGCCUUUUGCAUGCUGUAGAAACCCUUCUCUGGGGGGCACUGGUGGAAAGUUAAUAAAGGUAAUUUUUCUAAGCCAAA